CGCACCUGUCAAACUGACCAUUCCGAAAUUCUCCGUUUUAUCUUGACGCGCACUUGACAACCCGCUUCUGUUGUUUCACGCAGUUUAUUUUUAUCGAAAAUUGAAAGAAAUACCGCGUUACUCGUCGUACUGCCCAGCCAAAUUCCAGUGAAGCGCCUUUAGUGUAUAAUGGUAAAAGGUUUCCCUAAAAUACAGGAGGGUAAAUCAAGAGAAUCCGAAGACGGCGACAAGUUCUGUUUGGGAGACCUCGAUCUCCUGAAUUUGAGAAUAAAGUACCUAUUGAAUCAGUCAUUGCAUCUAGCAUUACGUCGAACGUUUGCUUUCUAAAAAUUCAACUAAAACAAUAAUAUCGAUUAGGUUGAAUUUUUCAUCUGACGUUGAUCCUCGUAGCAGAAGAUCAUCUACAGCAAGUCCGAGGCACAGACAUACUGAAAGGGGUUCAGGCGAUUCAUAUCCGUCUUCCAGGCAUAGACACCCGUUGGAGAGAUCUGAAACUAGAACCCUGAUACCAAACAUAUCAAAAUUACCACAAGGUUAUGGUAGUAGCGUUUCUAAACCAUCGCCGAUCCCAUCCGAGAACCUUGUGCUGCUGUAUUCAAAAGACAAGCCGGGCUUUGUUUGCACCGAGCAGAUUGACAAAAGGGAUUUUUUGUUCCCUAGCAGAAAGAAGACCAGGACCAGGGUCAUUAACGUUGUGUCUGAUGAUAGAAUGCACAGGCAGAAAGUUUGAUCUAGCUCCCGUAUCAGCAAAGUAGAUAGUGGAUGUUUCCCCUUCAAAUUGACGCCCAGUGGAAACCUGAAAGUCGAAACUUCGCAGGUUGUUUUUUCUUCAAAUAAAUUGAGCGUUUUGGUGGCAGAUCCUAAAAAUACCAAGGUCAAUAUUCAUCCAGAGCCUACUUAUAGUAAGAUGGCGCAAGAGACGGAAGUUCCUAAGACAUCAGCAAUGGACGCUAUCAUGAGUCAGGCAGGCCUAUCCAGUCUGGGCACCCUGAUAAGCAACACCCCAGUACGCAGUGCUCACAAAGAAGCCUCAGAAUACGAAAGCAAGCAAACCUCGGAGAUAUUGGAUCCGGAAUUGAACCUCUGCAGGCUCGGUUACACGCGAGCCGAAGAGAUCGCCUGGCAGAAAGUUCAACUCCCCGAAAAGAAGAAUCUCUACCUGGAGUUGUACUCCAGGAUAACCAACUAUACGAACGCGGAUUGCAAGGUGUACAUUGACAACGAAGAGUUCAACUGUCACUUGAUCGUGCUGCAGUGUUACUCGGAGUUGUUCGACGCUUAUAUCGCCGUCAAAAAGGUAGAGCUACCUGCAGACAAGUGUAGCGCUUCAGCGUUUGCGUUCAUUUACGAGUGGAUGAUCACCGGCGAGCCCUCGUAUAAAGAACUAAGUAGGGAGAACGUUUUAGACAUAUUCAACUCUGCCAAGUAUCUUAAAAUAAAAGAUCUGGUAGAGCAGUGUUGGGCAUUCAUUGACCACAAUGGAGUUUUCAUGGAAGAUACAGCGUUCCUAUUGUAUAUGGACGCGAAAGAAAAGAACCUUCCUGAAGUAAGAGAGUUGAUGUUGCCCAGGAUCCAAGAAUUCUUCCUUAUGCUUGUUAGUUCGCAAAAUUGGUUAGAGUUAGAUAUAGAAGACGUCAAGUGCUUCCUGAAGUCGAAUUACAUUUGUGUUAACUGCGAAAUGGAGGUGUUCAUGUCGGGCGUCAGAUGGCUGAAACACAAUUGGCACGACAGAUCCGAAUAUACGCACGCGAUUCUGGAAUGCGUACGAUUCGGCAACAUCGCGCCCUGGCAACUGGUGGACAUCAAGAGGAACCCCGAGAAUCCGGAUUUCAUGGAACUGGCCCAGGAUCCGAAAAUUUGCAAGAUGAUAGACGACGGCUUAGCAUACGUAAUAAUAAAGUACUGGUACGGUCAAGAAAACGACGAAUUCCAGCACUGGAACUCAGUCUUGGGUCUCAAUGAACCACCUCCUAGGAAUUGGAGUGGCUCGGAUAAGACCUACUUUACUUACAGAGAAUUUCUGAUAUACUUGGAUCAGUAUAGAAGAAAUCAACUGUCAGAAAAAAAUAAACCGCGUCUGAAGAAUUCAGAUUUGAAGGAUGGUUCCAGCAUGGAGAUGCGGAAACAUGUUCCGAUGGACAGGUCCCCUAGGGUCCCUACGAUGGAGGAAUUCCUCUCGAAGAAGAAAGACACAACGAUUAGUCCUCAUCUUAAGAAACUGAACUUUUUAAACAAAGUUCUGCCGCCGAUGUCGAAGCAAAGAAAAAGUCGAGAAGAAGCAGCCGUUGUUUUACAAAGAGCUUACAGGAAAUAUAAUCAGAGAAAGUUGGAGGAAGCUUACAAAAAUUCCAGGAAAACCUUCAGGAUAGAAGACCGGCAAAAUAGUAAUAACAAAAAACAUACCACUCUAAGACCAAGACUCGAAAAUAUAUUCUUCAGCAAAAUGUCGCUUAACAGAAACAGAACCUCAGAAAACAUGUUUUGCCCAACGAGAAAGAAAUUAUUGUUGGCAUCUUCGCUUUUCAAUGAAGCUGUUGAAAGCGUCUUAAUUUUUGGCGGGGGAGCGGACCCUAGCCGCAACGAGCAAGGGACCGAGAGCUAUAUAUCAGACUCAGCGUGGAGUUUUGACCCAAUCAAAAGGGUCUGGUACAAUGAAGCUCCCUUAUUGGAAGCUAGGAAGAAUUUUGGAUUGGUAGCAUUCGGUUCCGAAAUUUUCGCUAUUGGUGGUCAAGGAAGAAAUUUCAUGGCACUGAAGACAGUCGAAAAGUUUGAUCCGGACACAAAUCGUUGGACCAAAAUGGCGGCAAUGCAUACAGAGCGUACGGGCUCAAGCAGUAUCAAAUACAAGAAUUCCAUUUGGGUUAUGGGUGGCUUGUACGGCACUAACAAGAAAGUCAAGAUUCUUGAUAGCAUCGAAAGUUAUGACGUCAGGCAUAACCAAUGGACUAAAAUCAGCCACGCCAUGAACUUCCCUAGAUGCUUCUCCUCUUGCAUAGUGAUGUGCGAUACGCUGUAUGCAAUCGGUGGUGCGGGAAAGACUCCCGAAAACAAGAAAAACACCACAAGCAUUGCAGCAGUGGACGCGUGGAACGACAAAAAGAAAUGCUGGCAGAAAAUCACCGAGUUGAGCAUACCAAGGCACGGGCACGUCGUAGCGUAUCUUGGAACUCAAAUUCUAGUCAUCGGAGGAGUUACCACGACGUAUAGCAGAGCUCUUAGUAAUGUGGAGUGCUUUUGUAGCCAAAGAGAAACUUGGAUACGAGGAGUUUCCUGCCUUCCCACACCUGUCUCUGGACACUCUGUAGUCACCUUACCACCUUCUUCUUUAUUGCAUCAAGAACCGAUGCCAAUUCUUCAAGCUAUAGGGGGAUUCUAAUAUAAUGUACAAUUUCUGUUCAUGAGCUAAGUCCGGUCCUGUUGUCAGUUCUACAGCAUAGAAUUCUGUAACGUUAUCUUAUAAGCAGCACAUUGUGUUUCAUGUCAUAUGUAAGUUAAGCUACUUGUCACUAGAUGGCACUAAAUACUAAAAUUUACCUUACACUGUUUUUGGAACAUAUUUACAACAAUUUACACUAUUUUUAUUUCUGUUAUGUUAUUAUAC